AUCCCCACUCAUCACAUAUCAACCACUGCAGCUCGUCCCUCAAAGUGCACAACGACAUGGCUCCUCCGGAUGGAUUGGCCAUUGGCAGUGGUGUAAUUGGUGGAGCAGGCUUUUUUGUUCAAGUCUUCCAGGGUUGCGUGAAGAGCUUUGAAUUAUGGAGAAAAGGAGAGGAACUCGCUGAUGAAGCUGAAAUAUUCCAAGCAAGACUGGAAAUGCAAGCGGCAAGAUUGAAGACUUGGGGCGUGGAAUGGGGGCUAGACCGCGGCGCCGAUUCCAUGCAUCUCAAAGACAGGCGUUUCCAGGAGUACGGAAAUAUGGCGGUGAGACACGUCGUUCUCAUCUAUCAUUUUCUAGAUGAGCUCGGAAAGCUGGGACAGGAUUUCCCUGCAAUCUCUUCGGCCGGUAACACAUCGAUAUCCGCCGCCUCGUCCAUCACGAAACUGCUUGACAUGGCCAAUCCAAACUCGACAGAGCGAGCAGAUCUCGAAGAAAAACUAAAGAGUAUACAGCGUGCUGCUAAGCUGAAAGAAAAAAUGAAAUGGGCGCUUAAUGACGGAGGGCCAUUGAAGGCUCUUGACCAGUUAAAGAGCUUGGUUGAUGAAUUGCUCAACUUUUUCACGCCCCCGAGAGUUGAUCCUGCAGCAAAGCUGGCGCUGAACAGUCUUUUGGCUACAAUGAGUCUAGCAAAGCUGCAAACAUUGAGCUCACAAUCAGAUGAGAACUCGGAACUGCGGGGGUUGGCCCUCCUCAAGUCUGCAAUCAUAGAAAUGGAUGCCCGAAAGACGGUUCUUGGCGGUGAGAAUGUAAAGGAGAAAGAGCGGCUUCUAAAAGAGACUGGUGCAAGAGAGGACAAAUCUGGUCGGAGCUAUGGCGUCUUUACCAAGAAUGGCACUACGCUACACGUGCUGGUAGAAUGGAAGCUGGUAGAUCCUGUAAAAUGCCCGCGAAAUGACUCGAGAGCAAUGUAUAAAACGAUGCUGCAAUACCGAAUCGAGAACUUGGCAAGGCUUCUCAAGGCUGAGUAUAAGCCUUCAGAGCUGCGUACACUGCCCUGUAUUGGCGUAGUUACAAGGCAUCUGGUUGAUGAGAAGUUGGAACACGGCCUUGUGUUCAAUGUCCCCGGAACAAACCAUCAAUGUUUAGCGCAAAUCCUGGAAGGAAACGGACAUGAUCUUGACGCAGGAGAUUGGUAUCGCAUCUCUGGGAGCAUUUCCCGAGCUUUGUUGUACAUGCACCUUGCUGGCUGGCUUCACAAGGGCAUCCGGAGCGACAAUAUACUCUUCUUCGCUGAGAGCAACGGUGACUUUUCCUACGACAAACCUUUUGUUGUAGGAUUCGAAUAUAGCAGGGAAGCAUCUGCUUCCCACCAAACAGAAGGCGUCACGGAUGAUUUCGAAUACAAUCUUUAUCGCCAUCCAGACGUGCAAGGUUUGCCUGCCGCGGUACAAACGUCAGCUUCCAAUACUAGCAAAAUUCCAUUUGAUUAUAUUCAUGAUCAAUACAGCUUAGGAAUUCUUCUCUUGGAGCUUGGCCUGAGAGAAAGCAUCAAGAGUGUACAGCAAAGAGCAUCUCAAGUUGCUGGACACAAGGGUCAUUCUGCCGUAGAAUUUCAAAAGUACAUUGUGGAUUGUGAAGUGCCCAAACUAGCAUCAAGGAUGGGUAAGGGGUAUCGGGAUGCGACGAGGCUUUGUCUCACGAAAGGCCUCAUCUCUCAAGAUUCUCGAAGCAUCCAGGAGCUGUUUUACCUGAACGUUGUAAGAGUGCUAGAUUCUUAUAAAGUACCCUGAAUGCCUCUUACUAUACCACGUAUCUAGGCAGUGUAAAUUAGUUAGCUCAACAUUUGUUCAUUUUUUUCUUUAUCCAAUCAAAAAAAGGAA